GGUGCCGCCGCGGGCCGGGCAGCGACGCCGAGCAGUCCCGGCCGUGCGCGGUUCCUCGAGGCUGCGGCGUCCGGAGGGGCCAUGGCGGCGCUGGGCUCGGCGGCGCUGCGGAGAGGCGGCGGCGCGGCACCCCGGCUCCUCGCAGUGGCCGUGUCCUGCCAGAGCUGCCGGCACAAAGCCACCGGGGACGGCGGGCACGGGCAUCCGCGGGAGCAGCACCCAGUUGCCCCCGGCAGAGCCGGCAGCCAGCCCGUCCCAGCCGAGGGCGCCGACACCAAGACCUACCUGUGGGCCAGGUACCACGAGAUGAAGAAGCUGGUUUACGAUCUCCUUCCACCAGGAGUCUGCAAUCUCCUCAACCCGGCCGCAAUCUACGCUAACAAUGAGAUCAGCCUGGGAGAUGUGGAGAUCUAUGGCUUUGACUAUGAUUACACAUUAGCACAGUAUUCUAAUUUACUACACUCCAUGAUUUUCAACACUGCCAGAGACAUCCUAAUAGAACAAUUCAAGUAUCCAGAAGGUCUUGGGAAGUAUGACUACAUUCCAGGCUUUGCCAUACGUGGACUUCACUAUGAUGUACAAAAGAGUCUUCUCAUGAAGAUCGAUGCUUUCCAUUAUGUCCAGCUGGGGACGGCAUAUAGAGGGCUCAAACCAGUGCCUGAUGAAGAGGUGAUUGAACUCUAUGGUGGUACACAGCACAUCCCCCUGUACCAGAUGAGUGACUUCUAUGGCAAGGGUCCAUCACUUAAGCAGUUUAUGGACAUUUUUUCUCUUCCUGAAAUGACACUGCUCUCUUCAGUCAUUGAUUACUUCAUCACUCAUGGCAUUGAGUUUGACCAGGUGCAUCUCUACAAGGACAUAUCUGAUGCAAUUAGAGAUGUUCAUGUGAAAGGAGUGAUGUACAAAUGGAUUGAAAAAGAUAUGGAAAGGUAUAUUCUGCACGGGGAUGAAAUCUACGCUGUGCUGAACCGACUGGUGAACCACAAGAAGAAACUGUUCCUCAUCACAAACAGUCCCUUUAGCUUUGUGGACAAAGGAAUGAAACACAUGGUUGGCAAGAACUGGCGGGACUUAUUUGACAUGGUCAUUGUGCAAGCGGACAAGCCCAACUUCUUCACUGACCGGCGGAAACCUUUUAGAAAACUGGAUGAUAAAGGCUCACUGCAGUGGGACAAAAUAAACCAGCUGGAGAAGGGAAAGAUCUACAAAGAGGGCAACCUCUUUGAUUUCCUGCGGCUGACGGGCUGGCGUGGAUCCAAAGUGCUCUACUUUGGUGAUCAUCUGUACAGUGACCUUGCGGACCUCAUGCUGCGUCAUGGCUGGAGGACUGGAGCCAUCGUUCCUGAACUGGAGACGGAGAUCCGGAUCAUAAACACAGAGCAGUACAUGCACUCCCUGACCUGGCAGCAGGCUCUGACAGGGCUGCUGGAAAGAAUGCAGAUGUAUCAGGAUGCAGAGUCAAAGCAAGUAUUGCUGGAGUGGAUGAAGGAACGGCAGGAGAUCAGGUCGCUGACAAAGAACCUGUUCAACCCCCAGUUUGGAAGCAUCUUCCGCACCUUCCAUAACCCCACGUACUUCUCCCGCCGGCUGGUGCGCUUCUCUGAUAUUUACAUGGCUUCCAUCAGCUGCCUGCUGAACUACGACGUGAAUUUCACCUUCUACCCCCGGCGCACCCCUCUGCAGCACGAGGCUCCGCUCUGGAUGGAUCAGCUCUGCACGGGCUGCAUGAAAACCCCCUUCCUGGAGGAGAUGGUGCACAUCCGGUGAAGGGCAGGUACUGCAGGCAGCAGCAGCACAGCCGGGGCUGGAGCGGGGCCGGGCAGCACCUCUGUCUACCACUAAAGGGCGUUUGACACUUGCGUACGUGUGUAGAUGGUGUGUUUAUUUUCUCCCUUCACUGGCUCCAUCCCUUUCCCUGAAGUGCACUGCAGGCUGGACAGGAUGGGUGCUUGUGCAGGGAGUCCUCUCUUGGAUUAGGUGAGUUGGAGGGCCAGUGCUGGUGGGAYACUGCCACUUUCCGUGCCCAGACAAGUGGCUCAGGCACAGAGCUCCAUGUCUCCAGUGYUUGGGGAGAGCAACCCAUGGGAGGUGUAACGAGGUGUGUCAGGUCUAUAGCUGCCCCCACAGCCUGGGACUGCAGCGUGAAUGACUCUGCAGGUGGACAGGGAGGGUCAGGGCUGCCAGCUGGGCAACCAAUCCCAUCAGUGCGUGCAUUACAAGACAAAGCAGCAGCAGCRUUACCUGUCCAGCAGCCCUCAGCCCCAUCCUGCUCCCCACCAGACUGGUCUGUCCAUAUGGGGACUCUGGUAGGUAACUGGGCAGGAUGUGCAAGCCUUGGGUGUGGGAGUAGGUCACAGGGUCUCAAAGUUACUGUUUGGGAACAUGGCUGGUUUUUGAGUGAGCUUAAGGCUGUGCACUGUUGGUAUUUUUGGGUUUGGUGCCAUGUGACAUCAAUAUUUUUGGCAGUUGAUGUGGUGUGGUCUGUUGUGAGGUGCAGAGGGAUUUUUUCAGCCCUUCAGUUAAGCUGCAGGUGACUGUCCAACUCUGUUCACUGAGAUGUGGCCUAAGUGGCUGGAGGGACAGGUGAGGAAAGUUGGGGAGGGGGCGAGUGUGAAGUGCUGCUGGGUCUGGGGGGUGAGAAAGGGAAGCGAGGCCAGGUAAAGCCCUCUGGUGCCUCCUCAGCAGGAGGAAGAGCAAAGAGAUGSUAAUAGUGAUGGCAGAGUAUAAGGAUGGGACAAGAGUGGGAGGCAGGAGGCCCAGCAGGGUGAGAGCUGCUUUAGGAUGUGAGGUUCAGAAAGUGCGCUCUGCACUUGGCUC